AUGGAGUCCGCGAUUCUAUGGCGGGUGCAAACCAUCCUCGAAACUCUUUCGCCCGGCGAGCUCAACGCAUGGCUUCAUGGAGUUGGCCUCGCUGGUGGCAUCGGGGAACUCAAGUCUGAGGUGGAGAGGAUGGAGACGGUGGUUAACGGUGUCAAGGGGAGGGCGGUCGGGAACAAGCCGCUUGCCCGCUCCCUCGCUCGUGUGAAGGAGCUCAUGUACGAGGCCGACGACGUGGUUGAUGAACUCGACUAUUGCAGGCUCCAGCAUAAGGUCGAAGAACAUAUGAUUGCUCCUUCUGUUGAGCUAGAAGGCAUGGCUGGAGGUGGAGCAGAGCAAGUAGAUGCAUCGGUCAAUACUGUUGCUAUGCUUGCUCCUGCUACUGAGCCGGAAGGCAUGGUUGGAGAUGGAGACAGAAAUAGAGCAGAGCAAGCAGAUCCAUCGGCCAACAGUACUGGUACACUGAGCAAUAGCGGCCGCAAAAACCGAUCCGAGGUGCGGGACUAUUUUCAGAUUAUACCAUCUGUUAACGGAGAGCCUGCAAAAGCGAAGUGCAAUUGCUGCGGCAGAGAGCUUACAUGGGGUCACGGGACAUCAGCUUUGCACAAGCAUCUCAAAAGUUGCAACAAAAAACGUUCAGCAAUUGAAGAGACGCCGAACCGUCCAAGUGUCGGCAACAGUGUACAAAAUGGUGCCACAAUUUCGACCGAUGAUUCAGACGGGAGAAAAAGAAAGAGAAUUGAGUACAAUGUAGCUACAACCACGCACCUCUGGGACAAGGCCGAAUUUUUGAAAAGCAUCCAGGAAAUAGUUCUUGAGUUAAGAAGCAUCCGACACGAUGUGAUUGAGUAUCUCAAGGACUCUAUUGCAAGGCCUGAUCAGUAUCAGAUUAACAACUCAGAUACACGAGUAAGAACAUCAAACUCUCGUCCUGGAAAAGUAUAUGGAAGGGAUGUGGAGGAAGACAAUAUCUUAUGGGCGAUCAGAGUUGCUAAGUCGGACAACGUUACUGUGCUACCUAUUGUAGGCAUUCCAGGAGUUGGGAAGACAGCUUUAGCUAAACUUGUAUACAAUGCACCACGUGUUGAAAGAAAAUUUGAGCGGAUAUGGGUUUGGGUGUCCAACAUCUUUGAUGAAGUAAGAGUGACAAGGGAGAUCUUAGACGUUGCUGCUCUAGCCAACCAUGAAGGAUCUCGCAAAAGAGAAAGCUAUGAAGGAGUCAGCAACUACUCGAAACUUCUAGAGGCCUUAAAGAAACAUAUAGCAUGUCUGUCCAAAAAGUUUCUACUUGUUCUAGAUGAUGUCUACGACUGCAUGGAUAAUUCCCAAUGGAAAGAUCUAAUAGAUGCUUUGGGAUCAAGUUGCAGAAAGGGUAAUGUGAUUAUUGUGACAGUUAGAAAUUUGGCCGUUGCAAAAAGGCUAGGUACAAUAGAACCAGUUAAGUUAAGAGCUCUAGAAAAUGAUGAUUUUUGGCUAUUGUUUAAAGCAUGUGCAUUUGGUGAUAACCAAUGCAAAGAACAUCUAGAUAUCGGCCGUCAAAUAGCUACAAAGUUAAAUGGCAACCCAUUAGCAGCAGAAAAUGCAGCAGACAUGUUAAGAGAGCAGCCUGGUCUUCACCAUUGGAAAAGCAUCAUGAAGAAUGGUAUUUGGGAAUCUCUGCAACUCCGUGGAGGCAUCGUGACUGCUUUGAAGAAUAUCUAUUAUCAGUUGCCAUACAAUUUACAACAGUGUUUCUUGGCAUGUUCUAUAUUCCCUAGUGACCAUCAAUUUCAUAUUGAUGGUUUGGUCUCCAUGUGGAUAUCAUCGGGAUUUGUGAAAUCUACUGAGACAGGAUGGGAUUAUCUCAAUGCUUUGGUCAACUCAUGUUUCUUUGAGCAGGUUGGAACAAAAGAUGACUCCAUUCUACAACAAUGCUAUGUUAUGUGUGGUAUGAUGCAUGAAUUUGCGAGACUGGUUUCAAGGACCGAGUUUGCAACUAUAGAUGGUUUAGAGUGCAAAGAAGUGCUACCAACCGUGCGCCAUUUGUCAAUUCAAACUGAUUUGGUGUACCAUAUAGAUGAAUGUGAGAACAUAGUUGGUAACGUGAAGUUUGAAGAAAAAUUGCAAAGUAUAGCUUCUUCAUUAAGGAGAUUGAGGACGGUGAUCUUAGUUGGGCGCUAUGAUUCUUUAUUCGUCCAGUUCAAGUCCUUCCAUACCUUUAUCUCCAAUUUGGUAAAUUGUACCCAUCUUCGCUACCUAAAACUUGAGAACAAAGGCAAAAGUGAAUCUUUGCCUAUAUCUCUAAGCAAGUUUUACCACCUUGAAAUAUUAGAUGCUGGGUGCCAAGCAAUUGUUCAUGAUAUGAGUGAUCUCAUCAGCAUGAGGCAUCUUGUUCUGACAAAAGGAGCAUGCGGUGCUUUCUCCCCAGCUAGGUCUGCUAGCUUGCAGAUGAUCCAUCUAGAGGAUUGUAAAGGAUGGCAAAUAAUCCCAUCUCUAGAAAGUCUAUCAUCUCUUACAAAGUUGAAGUUAAGGAAUAUGACAGAAGCAACAGAGUUGCUAAUUCCUUCGUUAGAGGAGCUGGUAUUGAUUGAUAUGCCAAAGUUGGAAACAUGUUUCUCCAAUUCAGUGAGGGACUUGAACUCAAGUUUGAGGGUACUGGAGAUCAGGAGAUGCUGGGUACUGAAGGCCUUUAUCCUCUUUGAGAGCUGUGAAAAUUUUGAAAUCGAGCACAUGUCAUGGUUGCCCAAUGUUAGCGAGCUUACCAUCGAGGAUUGUCCUUAUUUAAUAGUAUCAAAUCCUCUACCACCUUCGAGUAGCCUUUGUAAAUUAUCCAUCACAAAAGUUUCCGCACUUCCAGAUACGGAGGGAUCAUCAAACGGGGAAUACAGAAUUGGAUAUUAUGGUGAUCGAUCAACCAUUCAUUUCCUUGAUGACAAAAUUUUGUCAUUCCACAACCUGAGGACCAUAACUCGAUUGCAAAUAGUGGGCUGCAAUAAUCUGUUGUCUAUUUCACUAGAAGGUUUGAAGCAACUCGUCUGCUUGAAGAGGUUGGAAAUAUGGUCAUGCCAAACAAAUUUCUCUUCAGAUGUGUCGUCAACACAUACCCAUGAAUACAUGACAAGCACAAAUUUUGAUGCCGGUCCAUCUCUCGAUUGUCUCAGCAUUACAGAUUGUGGAAUAAUUGGCCAGUGGUUAUCUGUGAUAUUGCAACAUGUGCGAGCCCUAGAGACAUUGGAUCUAAUGAAUUGUGAGCAUAUAACGGGACUAUUGAUACAAGGUAAAGAGAAUACUUUAUCAAAUGUCACCUUGGCUCCAUGUGUUUCAUCACAGGGAAAUCCAGAUGGCGCAUCGACAAGGCCAUGUCCUAACAAACUCCUGCGGAUUCCAGCUAACCUCAUACCCUCUCUCAAGAAGAUGUCCAUUGAAUCUUGCAAGCUAAAGUUUCUGGGGAACAAGGAAGGAUUCUCUGGAUUCACCUCCCUUGAGAAGCUAAGAAUUGUUGAAUGCCCCGAGCUGAUAUCGUCCUUGAUGCGUGAAGACGAAAUCGAUGACCAGGCAAACGGAAGAUGGCUUCUCCCGUGUUCACUUGGCAUACUGGAUAUCCAUCGCGCUUCCCUAGAAACGCUGCAGCCCUGCUUUCCGGGAGAUCAGACCCGCCUCAAAGUACUAGAAGUGUUCGGAAUCAAUGCAUUGAAAUCUCUACAGCUGCAUUCCUGCACAGCACUGGAAGAGCUGACAAUUCAAUAUUGCGAAUCGCUAGACGCACUAGAGGGCUUCCAAUCCCUCCGCGGUGUCAGGUAUUUGAAAGUAUACGAAUGCCCAGGCUUACCUCGAUGUUUGAAGAGUCUAUCAACGCAGGGUUAUGAGCUGUUCCCUCGAUUGGAAAGGCUUCGGAUCGACGACCCGUCUUUUCUUACCACGCCAUUCUGCGAGCACCUCACCUCUCUCCAAUGCCUACAGCUCGUGAACCAAUGUGAAGAUACCCCAGGACUAACAUGCGAGCAAGAGGCAGCACUUCAGCUCCUCACGUCCCUGCAAGAGCUCCAAUUUGUUGGUUACUGCGAACUCUCGGAUCUUCCUGUGGGUCUGCAUAGCCUUCUCUCUCUCAAGCGGUUGGAGAUCAAUGAUUGCUGGAGUAUCUUAAGGCUGCCAGAAAGGGGCCUCCCACCUUCCCUGGAAAAACUGGAGGUCCACCAUUGCAGCAUGGAGCUAACCGAACAAUGCAGAAUGCUAGCGACAAGCAAGCUAAAUGUUUCUCCACAUCUCGCCUUGAAAGGCAUUCAAGCUGACACCAUGGCUGCAGUGACCGUCUUCAGAACCUAUAGGAGUAUCAUACUGUUACGAGCAAGUGUUGAAAGCACUUCCCUGUUUCUCCUAGGAGACCUGCUACAAAUUGCAAGGCUUAUUGUUGACCACGGCCCAAGGGCGAGAAGCCAAUGCCAAAAGUUCUCUGAUUCUGCACAGGGUCUUGUUUCACUUGUAAACCUUGUCCUCGUUGCUCAAGUGCUCAUGUUGCUGAAUGCUGUAUACGGUUUUCCUGAUUGGCCUUGCCGGCCGUUCUGA